GGUGAUUUAUCUAACCCACUUUUCCUAAAUUCACCUCUUUUUCACCAUAAUUUUCCUUCACUCCUAUCAACUUCGGCACAUCAUUUUUAAAACUAUGAAACCGAUCCUUAGCCUCCACAAAGCCCAUAUGGCUCCUAUUAACCUUCCACUGGUCAUCUUUCACCACACGACCCCCUCCAAGUUCCCCCUCACACUCAGAACCAGCCCCACUCUGGCUAAAAACAUCUGCUCUAAUACUCUCUUCAGAGCCUUCAUGAUGAAUCCUCGGUCCUUCUCUAUGUCUCUGGUAGAACUCCUUAUUACGACUAUCGAUAUUUGGUCUUCCGCUCAAGCACAAGGCUGAGCUUAGCUUAUUACCCAUUGGUUGUUAC